AUCAGAACAUCAUCCAAUCCUCUUGUUCUUCAUGGCCGACAUUUUGGUCGGACAGUGUUUGCCCUAUGUAACUAUCCUUCUCUUCUGACUGCCGGUAUACUCCGACUAGAAGAACUGCAAGACUCUCCCAUAGAAGAUUAUCCAGCGGAUGUUCGGCGGGAACACGGGGUGUUCAUGAAACUAAUAGAUUCAUAUCCUGGGCUGAUAGAUCGUUUGACGAAUGGUGAGGAGGAGGAUGUGAUUCACAUGGGAGAAUUGGCAAGAGCCUCUGGUGCGCGAGGCGACGAUACGAAGACCCUUAAAUCUGCCGUCCUUGAAUGGCUUUUGCCCAGAGGACAGGCAGUUAUACCACCCCUCUUCCAGAAUAUUAAGUCCGAUCGUGGUUUUAACCACGAAGUCACCGGUGCUUUGCUCUGCCCUGCAGGCUUGGACUGGUCAAAUGCGGAAACUAAGCAGAAUCUCAAGAGCGGCGAAAUCGCUGUUCGUGGUGACCAG